AGUAAGGCUUCACUAAUAAUUCCUCUCAGACAGCUAUUUGUUCUACUGAUAUCUUUUAACAAUACCAAAGGGAUUAACUUAUAAUUGGUCAAGUGGCUUCUCCUUUGUGCUCUCAGAUAUUAAUAAUAACAAUUUAAUUAGGACCCUUUGAUCUACCCCUCCGAAUGUAAAUGUCCUCAGAGACACAGAUAUGGAGGAGUUCAGAGUUGCUCAAAGUUACUCAAAUUAAAAUAAAACCAUGAUAAAACCAAGGGGAUUUACUGUGGCUAUUACAAUCCCUCUGAUAUCCAAACGAAGAAACUACCUAUUCCAAACUCCAAGCACCUGACUUAUAGUGAUCAUGGACCACAAGGAAAUUGCUGGCCUGGCCCUAGAACUGCAGACACUUCUAAUUGCCCAUGAUAAGGCAUUCACACAAAUCCAGCUCAUAGACAGCAAGCUCAGCACCCUUACUGCUAAGAUAUUUUCUGCCCAUGUAGAGGGCCACCAAGGUCUCAGACUACACCUCCUCAGUAGGAAGUCUGUAGUGGAGGGUGUGAGACAGGCCUUCCAUCAGUACCGUGUCAUUAAGUGGAACCAGAUCCGUGAGUUAUCUAACCUGAUCCUUGAUACCUUUGCUAUAGACAGCAGCGCCUUGCCCCUCCCUCCACAGCCUGACCACGUCCAUCAGCAGAUCGAGGAGGAUGAUCUAGCUACCACGCUGACCUUAGCUUACUCUGUCUGUUCUAGGACCUGGUGAUAUAGUUUGAGGACUUGUUGAUCUAGCUCCAGGACUUGGUAAUCUAGCUUGAGGACUUGGUGAUCUAGCUUGAGGACUUGGUGAUCUAGCUUGAGGACUUGAUGAUCUAGCUUGAGGACUUGGUAAUCUAGCUUGAGGACUUGGUAAUCUAGCUUGAGGACUUGUUAAUCUAGCUUGAGGACUUGGUAAUCUAGCUUGAGAACUUGUUAAUCUAGCUUGAGGACUUGUUAAUCUAGCUAGAGGACUUGGUAAUCUAGCUUGAGGACUUGAUGAUCUAGCUUGAGGACUUGGUGAUCUAGCUCCAGGACUUGGUAAUCUAGCUCCAGGACUUGGUGAUCUAGCUUGAGGACUUGUUGAUCUAGCUGGAGGACUUGUUGAUCUAGCUCCAGGACUUGGUGAUCUAUCUAGCUUGAGGACUUGGUGAUCUAGCUCCAGGACUUGUUGAUCUAUCUAGCUUGAGGACUUGUUGAU